GGUCCAUGUUAUAUAACAAUUGAUGAACUAGGGCUUGGUCGGUGAUCUCGUUGGAGUAAUUUUCAGAGCUUCUAUUCUUCUUCUAAUGAGGUAAUUCCAGAGCUGAUGUAAGAUAAGCUGAAGCGCGUUGAAUCUAGGAGUUCAUCCCUGAUUAUCAUCCAGUUUCGAAUGAGGAUAGUUGGAUUAACGGGAGGAAUUGCUUCAGGGAAGAGCACAACCUCCAGUCAUUUCAAGUCCCGCGGCAUUCCAGUCGUGGAUGCCGACAUCGUUGCUCGUAAUGUCUUGAAGAAAGGCACUGGUGGAUGGAAAAAGGUAGUGGCUACAUUUGGGGAGGACAUCUUGCAGGCCAACGGCCAGGUGGAUCGCGCCAAGCUUGGUCAAAUUGUGUUUUCUGAUCCUGCAAAACGCCAGCUCCUUAAUAGGCUGUUAGCACGUUAUAUCUCAACCGGUCUAUUUAUGGAAGUCUUGAAGCUGUGGAUGAAGGGUUGCAAGAUAAUUGUUCUUGAUGUGCCUCUUUUAUUUGAAUCCAAGAUGGAUAAAUGGACUAAACCUAUUAUUGUUGUUUGGGUUGAUCCGGAGACACAGCUCCAUCGCCUCAUGACAAGGGAUGGAUCAACGGAGGAAGAGGCCAAAAACAGGAUAAGUUCUCAAAUGUCUCUGGAUAUAAAGAAGACAAAGGCGGAUAUCGUCAUUGAUAAUACAGGGACACUAGAGGCUUUGAAUGAGCAGUUUGAGAUGAUUCUAAUCCAGAUCACAAAGCCAUUGGCUUGGACCGAGUAUGCACUUUCCAGACAAGGAGCUAUUCUUGGAUUGUUUUCGAUUUUCGCUGGUGUUAUACUAUGCAAGACAGUUUUAUGAAAAUAUGGCUUUUGGGAUGAAGAGAAGAUCAGAUGGGGAUGGAAUACAGCCAAAUCAGAUGUGCUCUACAGCUCUUUCGAUCUACAAUGACGAGGUAAUAGCUGUUGAUUAUUCUUGAGUGGUUUACAUCAUAUUAUUCAUGCCUUUUAUAUGGAAUGUGAGGUCUCAGCUUCACCCACUAUACAGUUCCACUGCAAAUGGGUUAAGAACUGAGACAAAUUAUUGAAUUGCUGUGUGCUGGAGGGGAUUAUGGGAGGGGGAAAAGUAGUUGAUAGCAGUGGAUUAUAAUUGCACAAAGUGAUGAUUGCUGAAAUCUGGGCUGUCUUAUAGAGGGAAUUGCAACUUGCCAGAUGGCCCCAUUUUCUGGUUGGUAUCAGUGGAGAAUUUGUUGGCUUUGAUGACAUUUCUUAAUCUGGGUUCUAUUGAUUACUGAAAUAUAUACUUUGUUAAUUUUGAGAAAAAUAUAUAAAUCCUAAAAAUCACAUGUAUUCUUUGAUCUUUGUAGUUUUUUUUUAUAAUAGUUAUAAUACAAUUAAGGGAAAA